AUGAGCAAACUAAGAUUGCCAGUAAAUUAUAAAAAUAUGGAACUAGAACUUCUGGAAGCUCUUAGGGCGGAUAGAUUAUAUAAAUUACAGAAUGAUGCGAAACUCAAAGCAGUGGAACAAAAGGUGCCUACGUAUGAAGAUUUUAGACAACUGGUAAAUGCUGCGCAUUUAAAGCCCUUGGAACAUGCUGAUGUUAAAUCUAAAACAAAGUCCAUUUGGAACUCUGUUCUUCAUACUGAUAAUUCGAAUAUGAUGAUGUCACUUGACAAAUCAAAAGACCAACACUCUGGGGAUUAUCUACGAUCGGUAGCUAAAAAUGGUAAUGAUCUUGAAAAUGAAAUUCCCACCACGUUUGCACAAUUUGUGCAAGUUUGGAAAACGCUUAAAGGAUACGAAUUAAAAUUUAAUUGUCUUAAACUCUUAAGACACACCUUACGGGAGAAAAUCUUUUGUACAGAAAUUCCUUCGACAUUAUUUGUCCAAUUGAUAGACAUAUGCCUGCAAAAUCUUUCGAUUACAGAUAAUAUCGUACCUAUCAUUGAUAUUUUACACGCUUUAGCUAAAUGUAAUAGAUUUUACUUGACACUCGAUUUUAUGACCCAAACCGAAAAAGAAAUGAGUACACGGCUAUUCCGAAAUUUGCUUAUCAGCGUAGAAUACCAAAAUGAGGCACUUAAAGAUACGAUAAAAACAUUAGCCUUGCUUUAUAAUAUCGUGAUUGAGUAA